AUGCGAUCAUCCUUCUCUACCGCUCUGGCCCUCGUCGCCGCCCUCCCCACCGCCUUUGCGCACUACAACUUCGACGCUCUCAUCGUCAACGGCAAGGUCACCGAGCCUUAUGAGUACGUCCGCAAGACCACCAACAACAACAGCCCAAUCACCGACGUCACCUCCAAGGACAUCAUCUGCAACGCUGGCGGUCUCGACAAGGAUAUCCGCGCUGCUACCAAGACUCACGCUGUUUCUCCCGGCGAUGAGGUUGGUUUCACUGUCGCCAACGACAUGGGCCACCCCGGUCCCCUGGCCGUCUACCUGAGCAAGGCGCCUGACGGCACUGAGGCUUCGGACUACCUCGGUGAUGGCGACUGGUUCAAGGUCUACGAGAUGACAUGGAAGACCAUUGGUGCGAACGGCAUUGAGUGGGCCAACUACAUGAACGGCCAGUCCAACGGUAUCACCAACUUCACCUUUACGCUCCCCAAGGAGACUCCCAAGGGUACUUACCUCAUGCGCGCCGAGCACGUCGGUCUCCACGGCGCUGGUGAGAAGAACGGUGCUCAGUUCUACAUUGGAUGCGCUCAGCUCACCGUCGAUGGUACUGGUGCUGGCAAGCCUUCUCCCGUUGUCUCUCUCCCUGGUGCUUACACCGCCACCGACCCCGGUCUGCUCCUCAGCAUCUACUACCCUCCCGUCACCAACUACACUGCUCCCGGCCCCAAGGUCUGGCCCAGCGGCUGUGAGGACCACACUCCCAACUUUGCUGGCCAGGCUAGCGACGGUGACUGCACCAACGACAAGGGUUCCGACUCCGGGAGCGCUGCCCCCGUUGCCAGCGACGCUCCCGCCACUGAGGCUCCCGCUGCUUCUGCCCCUGCUACCACUGAGGCUGCCAGCGCUGCUACUCCCACCGAAGCUCCUGUUGAGCAGCCCGCUGAGACCUCCGCUCCCCCUGUUGCUACCAAGGCUCCUUCUACUGGUGGCAAGUGCAAGGCCAAGCGUGCUGCCAAGCGAGCUCUUAAGGCCAAGCGUGCUCUCAGGAAGUAA